AUGACCAAGAUGUUGUCACUCGUCUUACUGCUGUUCGCUUCUUUGUCUCGGGCACAGGAUAAUACUCCUCUUCCUUUGCCCUCGCCGACUUCGACGACGUCUGUUACGGUGCCGUGGUCGAGCAUCCCCGCGCCUCCGGCGGCGACAGGAACGGUGUGGUCUUCUACUUCGGCACCUACAUCUGCUCCUGCGGCCUCCGGCGGCAGCGGUGCCGCCACUGGUCAAGGGGCGGUUUGUGGGAAGGGGUUUACGUAUUGUGGGUAUAUCUUGAGGGAUCAUCAAGGCUUCGCCGAAGCAGACAUAGUAAAAUCCUACUGCUCCGCCUCCAAAGAAAACUGCCUCGACGGCAAGACCAAAACCGACCCCAUCCAAGCCCUCUACGUCUGCGUCCCCCCCGACAACUCCACCACCACCUUGUCCCUCACCUCCAACAUCUCCCCCAACUCCAACCCCUACGCCAACUCCGAUGACGGCUCCUCCUCCCAUUCCUCCUUUUUCAGAUCACUCUUUUCCGGUUUUGGUAACAACAACAACAAGCUCCACCCCCGCGGCUUCAACAACAAAAAGAGACAAGCCCCCGUCGCCGGCGCAGGCGGCGGCAGCUCCUGCAGCCUGACCGACACCGCGGGCAACAAGAUCGAGCUGCUCUGCAGUUGCGGAGGGACUUGUCUGAAUCCCGACAAGGAUCAUAUCGGGAGGUGUGAUGCUCCGUGUAACUGA